AUGCCGAACUUGGCGAAGAGAGCCUGCGACACCUGUAUCGCUCGCAAAGUCCGCUGCGACGGCGCUUUGCCAUGCGCAACCUGUGGAGCCUCCACGCGCAAGGUGCAAUGCACCUAUGUCAGGCCUGCGCAGAAGAGAGGCCCGAAGGCCCGGCGGCCCUCGAUACAGAAAGCCCCCAGUUAUGAAAAGACAUCUCGGUUUUCGGAUGAAACGAGGACGCCUACGCUACUACGAGAUGCAUCAGAGAGCAUCCAGACUAGAGUCCAACCCGCUAUCCUCUCAUCUCAGAUACUCGCAUUUCAAUCCCCUCCGGUGCUAGUUGAUACCAUCGCCAAGGUCAUCAGCGAGUACGAGAACCAUUCGUACAGCGUCUGGCCCGUUAUUCGAUCUACUAUACUUGCGCAACAACUAGCUCUACGCCCGUCCGAUGAGUCUACGUUUUGCUUGGCCACAGCGCUAUGCGCCGCGACCAUUGCUCAGCUAAACAUCCCACCGCUAGAAUCUCAAGAAGACGGAGAGGCGGUCCUGGUAGAUAGUUCAUAUUUGUCUCGUGAAUGUAUUCGGAUCCGGGAACAGUGCGAUUUUCGAGAACAUCUAGAUGUCCGCUGGGUGCUCACCUCAUUUUUCCUUCAUGUAUACCAUGCAAAGGUAAACAAGCGUAAUUCGGCGUUGAUGUUUAUCCAGGAGGCCGUCUCUUCGGCUAAACUGUUAGGACUUGAUAAAGAUGACCAGGCAUUACAAGGUCCGGUUGCAGAAGUAGUUGACAAUAGAGAAAUUCUCUUCUCACUCCUCUGGGUUUCAGAAAGGGGCUACAGCAUGCAUUUAGGACUGACGCCAUCGUUUUCCGACCAACUCAUUGUCAAAGCCGUAAACGAUGCUGUCGCCAACACUCACGUUUACGGCUUGAUUGAGCUGUCGAAGCUUUUUGCAGUAUUUGACCAGUGCAUCGGUACAGAUGUCUCGGAAAAUUUGCUCGUCGAGUCGGAAAAAGCUCUGCAGGUAUUGCAAAUUUCUGCCGAUAAAACAACUACCACGCGACUGGCAGAUCAUUCUAUUACAAGGGAAUGGAUGAGAAUUAUUAUUUGGCAGCGAGCUUUAUCUGCUGGAUAUCUUUCAUCUUUUUCACCUUCGACUUUGAUGAAAUUUACAUUCCCCGUCGCAGUCAGCCAUGAUCUCUUAGCAGCCCUACGGAAUUUCUCUUCAGAGGACUUGCUGCCGCUAGGACGUGAUCAGCUUUUAAAAUGCUAUGAAAUUGCCAAUACCCUAGCAGAUACAUUGCUAUGCAAUUCUAUUCUCACCGACAGCACCACACUACAAUGCGGUCCGUACGAUUUCUUGCACGCUCUAUAUCAAAAGCUGCAUCCAUUUUUAUAUCUGGACCAUACGCUUGACUCGAUAUUACGGGAGAAAACGGCACAGGCACUGUUGUGUGCGCCGUCUCGACUCUGGAAUCUUGACCCACCAUCAGCCUUAAACCAGGGAGAAGAGUCAACAGUGCAAGCAAUUUCUACAAUCCCUUGA